AUGAAGACGCUAGUUCUUGCCACAGCGACCUAUGGAUUCCUACUGAAGGAAUGUCUAAACAAUGUAAUACUUCCAACUGAGCAUGUAUGCGAUUUCGCGUUCAAUCCACAUAGUAGCAUCAAGCCCGUGUUGAAAGGACCAAAUGAACAAGAUGAAGAAGUUUGGUGCAGCGUACAUAACCCAGGUUUCACAGACUACGUAGCAAUGGUGUGUCCAAAAAAAAAAGCUGGAGACUACACCGAAUUGGAAGAUGUGCCAGCUACCUGUUUUACCAAACAUCUAUACUCUCCAUAUGAUGCAGAAGCAAAUGAAAAAGAUAUGCAACUCCUAGAAUUAGAUCAAACAUUGUCCAUAAACAAAACAUUUAAAGAUUUUGUAUUAAAGAUGCUGAUCAUCCCAGGGUAUUAUAAGCACAACAAAACAAUAUAUUGUAGAUGCGACAACAGGAAAACGAAGAAAGGUGAGGCACCUGGUAAAAUAGAACAAGGAAAAGUAGGACUAGUAAAAAUUGUCUUGAACAAAAAAAACAAGAAACCCAGGGGAAUCGAUUUUACCGAUUCUGAUGAGUUACAUCAGACAGACAUAGAGCAAGAUGGGAAUAAAAGAAUAAUUAAAGUCAAGGAAAAUGAUAUUAUUCAUUUUAAGUUUAAGCCCACUCAAAAAGUGAAAAUGACGCAAGACGAAAAUCUUAUUAACCUCAAGUAUAGCAUUCUACAAGAUCGCCUUCUAAAUCUCAGAUUUCCUGCCGUGUUUUUAUCUACAGAAAACUGUGUGAUUACAGUUAGCGAAACAGCAAAACCAAAUGUAGAAAUUAUUAUGAAGUUGCAGAAAACAGAAAGUAUAGAUGGGUGUGAUUUCACCAAAUCGGCAGGGAAGGGAGAUUAUCAAGAUGGGUUUGUCUUAGCAGAUAUUAAAUCAAAUGAAAAAAUUUGUUCUGUACAUAUCGGAUCCAGCAAGAAGAAAAUUUCUGCAGGUAUUAAGUGCCCCUAUAAAUUAACCCCUACCUACUGUUUUAGACACGUUUUACAUGAAAAAGACGUCAACGGGGUGAAGUCUUAUCACCCCUUCUUGUUAACCGAUGUUUUGGGAACCCUCGAUGUCGAGUUCUACAGCAAUGCACAAGAGGGAUCGUAUCUAAUCGGAUUGCCAACCAGACCACAAAAAUAUUCUGUUGUGAGAUGCGUUUGUGAGCAUAAUGGAAAGACUGGAAUUAUGGAACUCAGGAUUGCCUCUUCUUCCGGAUGGACUUUCCUCAGCCUCACCUUGAUGCUUCUCCUCAUCGCUCUUCUUUACGCGUGA